AUGGGAGAUAGGCCAAAACGCCGGUUACCCUCAAUAGAAAUCCCAUCGACCACGUCAACGCUGAACACGUCGGAGCUCAACGUACACGUCCAUGCCGGUGGAAACUUUUACAACAUCCAGCCAGGCGCGGUCCUCAACAUCGACGGGUCGGCGCGCUCCGUGGAACACUUCCCUGCGGCAGAGAGGAGGGCGCGGCCUCGGCGUGGGGGGUCUGCCUGCGAGGAUCAUGACCCCGACCCGCCCUCCCUCAGCAAGGACGCCCGGAUCCCCUUGUCAAUGUAUGAGGACGGCGCAGCGGUCGAGUCUGCGCAGAGCAAAGGGUCAAAAGACCUCAACCGUCACCUUCACCAUUUUGAUGGUCCCGACCCGCUUCACCGCGGGUUGUGGUAUCUGGUUACCGCCGGCCGUAGGGUCGGUGUUUUCAAGUUCUGGGAUGAGGCGGCCGAGCAAGUGAUUGGGGUCCCGGACAACUGCUAUAAGUCAUAUCGGAGCCGCGAUGAGGCUGUUGAGAGAUAUCGGGUUGCGGAGCAGGAAGGACGUGUCCGCCCUCUUUAG